AAAAUUUGACAACAAAUAAUUGUUUUAUGGUGUUUAUGGUUUAUAUAAAUAUUUUACGGUUCUUGUUUCCAUCUUGGCAAAAUGCAAGAAGGAAUGGAAAAUUUAAACCACGCUCAUUAUUUUCCAAUGCCAUCCCAAGGAAAUGUGAAUACCAUAUGUUUUUUAAAGUUGAUAAAUGGUACUUAUAAAAUAUUGGUGGCUUCUUUGAAACGACAAGUUUUUUGCUUGGAAUAUUUAGAAAAGCCUAAUUCUAUCCUAAUUCCAACUACUAAGGAGAUUCCAUUUACUUAUAUUCCAUCUAGUUCCGAAAUUAUAACUAUUGAUGCUUUUAAUAAAUCAGACAAAAGAAACGAUUUUGUUAUAGGAAUCACUAUAAUAAAAAGUUGUAAGGAUUUGGUGGAAACAUAUCUAAAUAUUUACUCAGAAUAUGAGGACAAUGAGGAAAUUAAUAUUGAUAAUAUUGCACAGAAUUGUUUUAAUGUUCAACUGAAUUUUAUUCCACAUUUUCAUGGUCACACAGACUUAAUUAAAUGGAAGGAUAAUAAGUUAGUUAAGAGAGAACCUGUGUUUAUUUUGACUGGAAAUGACCGACAAGUUCAUAUGUAUAAAGAAGAUAAUUUGCUCCAUACUUUUCAAGAAAUCCUUUUUAUGGAAUAUUUUCCUGAAUUUUAUAAAACACCAGACAUGAUUACUUGGAUUGAAAUACAAUAUUUUAAUAACUAUUCCCAGCGAUUAACUGUAUUUGGUACAGAAGCUGGUUAUGUUCGAAUGUGUAGAAUUUGUGUGAAAACGAAAACAAUUAUUUUUAAUCACAGCACAAAUUUUAUAAGUUAUGUGUCUCAGGUAAAAAUUUUUGAGGAACACAAAUCUAUUAAAAAGCCUAGAACUUUAAUCAAAAAUAAUGAACAUGAUCUUAAAGAUAUGGAUGAAAACGAUUUUCCAGUUUUAAAUGUUAUUGUAACAAAUACCUCACUGCCAUCAGUGGUAUUUUUUGAUUGUAUUAAAAACGGAUUGGAUCAAUAUAAAACAUUAAGAAGAACUGAAGUUGUUAGUAUAAGUUCAUGUGUGGAAGUUGCUGAUUUGGAUUUCGAUGGUGAGGAUGAGAUAUUGUUAGGAAAUAGUAGACAGGAAAUUUUGUUAUAUAAAAAAAGUCGCGAAGAAAACGAAUACAAGAUUUUUGAAGUAAAGUACGUGGUGAGCCCAAUUUUUCGAAUAAAAUACUUGGAUUUAACCGCAGACAGAGUUAAAGAGUUGAUUGUGUUUACCUUAAAAGGAUUAUAUGUUUUUCAGCACGAUGCUGAUUUUUUAGAGAAAAAGUUACUAGAAAAGAUUGGGAGGAUGAUUGAAUAAUCAAUUAGGCAGUUCUUGUGCUUAAUACAGUUGUUACUUUAAAUGUAGAUAGACGUGAAAUGAUGUGUACAAAUUGCAACAAGAGAAGUAAAUGUGAAUAAUAAUAAUUGGCACUUUCAGCAACAUGAAAUGUAAAAACGAAAUUUUUAUAUGUUAAAAUUGAUUAUAUACGAAAAAAUAGAGUGAAUGUUAUUCAAUA